AUCUUUUUUCCCCUUCUUCCUCGAGGACCUGCACGCACUACGCCUUCACUACAUCGCCUAUCGACAACCACAAAUUCCCCGCCUUCCAGAAAUAAUAUAAAAAGACACAAGACAGAAAGAGAUAUACAGAGACACAGGGUUGCAACCAGCCAUGCCAAUCUCCAAGAAAGACAGGGUCCAGCGCGAGCACAGAAAAGCCGAAAAGGCAGGCACGCGCGCGCCCGUCAAAGCAAACGGCCUCCCCGUCAAGGCGCCUAAGCCAACAUCCAUCUGCCAGAACUGCCGGCGCGAAAUCGUAAACACGAAUAAAGCCCAGCUGGAAGCGCACGCGCUGAGCCACGAUCAGGCGCUGUGGCCAAAGGAGAAGUGCUGGCCGAAUGAUUAUCCUUGAGUGGGUGGAUGCGAAAGGAGGAACGAGGAAGAGGGUAGAAGCAGAUAGGGAGGGGAGAAAGGGGGUUGAAGGUAGUAAGAGGUGGAAGAGGAUCAAAUAAAUACAAAUAGAACAACAGCAAAGAUUUAUACUUAUUUUUCUCCUGGUCCCCCCCAAGAGUCUCAGAGGCUUUUCGUUGACUUUAACAAGGAUGACGAGUGCGUGUAUUUGAAAGGUAUCUUGAGAUUUUCGUAACACAGAAAUCACGUAA